AUGGUUACAGGUGCAGCGCAGACGCAAACCAAGAGUUUACCCCGCUACUUUCGAAACAAUGCUCCGUUGGGACGACGAGAUCCUCACAAGCAACUGCUAGCAUCAUUAGAUCGACUGAUUACGGAGCAUCCACCACACAAGAUCCCACCUGGCGGUGGUCUCUACUACGGACCUAUCUCUGUGGCUUACCUUUUCUACGCUCUUCACAUUGAGUAUCCGGACCUGAAGCUGGACGACUACCCAUUGAACACGUGGUCAGCAGCCUACAUCGAGCAAGCGCAAGCAAACAUCAAGGAGUUCCCACCACCAUCACCAAGCAAAUGCGGCGUUUCAAAUGACAUCAUGUCAUUGCUGGCGCUGUACGCCGUGACUGCGAAAGAUAAAGAUACCGUCCGGGAACUCUGCGAUCAUGCGGCCGUGCUGAUUGAGCCAGAAGCAUCCAAUGAGUGGUUGUACGGGCGUGCUGGCUAUUUGUACCUGCUACGACUGGUCCGUGGAGCCUUCAAAGAUAGCAAGGAAAUCACAGAGCUCAUCGAAGAUACAGCUGAUGAGGUGAUUGCAAACAUCAUGGACAGCCCUCGACCAUGGAAGUGGCAUGGUAAGGCGUACGUUGGGGCCGUGCAUGGCGCGAUUGGGAUCAUUACGCAAAUUGUUCUUACGGACAAGUCAUGGGCGCCCAAGCUCCAGGCUGAGUUGACGGUUCUGCUCAGCUAUCAGUACGAGAGCGGUAAUUUUCCAUCGUUUCUUCCGCCAGGCAAAGACCGCCUUGUGCAAGUCUGCCACGGCGCACCUGGUGUCGUCUCUUCACUGCUCUCUAUUCGACCAUACUUCCCUGAUCUCGUAGACCGCAUCGAUAAGGUCAUAUCAAAAGCCAGGGAUUGUAUAUGGGAACGCGGCUUGUUGACUAAAGAGCCUUGUUUGUGUCACGGCAUCACAGGCAAUGCAUUGGCCCUGAAAGAAGAGCAGUUUGAGCACUUCAUGACCUAUACGACAGGCCACGAGAUCAAGUCUAUGGCAAAGGAUCACAUGUUGGAGAAGUCGGACGAUCCAUCCGCGCUAUGGUGCGGUGAGGCUGGACGUGCUUGGGCUUGGGCAGUGGCGGACAGGGGAUUGGCGAAGAGACUACUCGGCUACAACGACAUCUGA